AUGGAGCCUUCAGACAAGCAUUGUGUGUUUUGCGGUUUGGUCGGCGAACACACCGAUGAACACUGCGUUAGCCAGGAAUUCAAACACAAACGCAAUCAGGGCUAUCGCAUGCUAGAUGCGUUCAACGGCAGUGUGGACCUCGUCCAGAAUCUCGGGGCGCAGGCUGGUACGGCGAAUGACGAGCUCCGCGAUGCCGAGGCUUCCGUCGUGGAACUGACCAGGGCUCUCGCGGCUGCCAAACAAAAACGCGACCGCGCGAGGAACAGCGUCAAAGCCAUCGAGAAGCUGAUCGACGACGCAGCAAACCAGUGCGACUACGUCGGCGAAGCCGCGUCGGAAGCGGCGACCGAAAUCAUACAGUUGGCAUUCCAUCUUCUUGAUGCGGCCAUUGGGCCGCCAGGAAGUGGCGACAAAAGCAAAGAAGUUGUUGUUCAACUGGUUAACGAAGUAGAUGAAGCUUUGGCGAGAUGGGAGGACGUUGCCGGGACGGCCAACAGAGAUGGUGCGGCGCUAGCCGAUGACUUUUCUGCGACAGUAUUCAAGGUUUCGCGGGGCACGCGCACCGCAGAGGAAGAAGACUCCGGGAUCGGAGCAUCUGUCAACCUCUACCUCAGCAAUCUCAACCUCAGCAGCCUCAACCUCAGCAACCUCGAACACCCCAACCUCGAACACAACAACCUCAACCACAACAACUUCAGCCUCAGCAACAAAGUCAAUCUCGACCACAGUCAUUCGUCCAACAACAGCCAGCUUCGCUGCAGUCACAAACCGGAUUUGGUCAACUCCAACAGAGUCAGCCAGCACAAAGCUCAGCGGCCAUCGCCUCUGAAUCCAGCCGCUCAGUCCUAUGUUUCUCAGCCUCAGCAGAGCCCCUCACAGCAACUGAUAGGCUACAACCCGCAAGAUUACUUAGGCAAGCAACACCAGCGACAAUCCCAGUAUAAGUACUUUGUGGCGCAACAGUUCUUAGCCGAGCAACAGUCCUUAGCCCAGCAACAGUCCUCAGCCCAACAACAGUCCUCAACCCAGCAACUGUCCAUAGCCCAGCUUCAGUCCUUACCCCAGCAACCGUACGCAGACGGGUAUGACUCCUUAUACCAGCAACAGGCCCGGUAUCAGUGCGCAGUCGAGCAAGGGUACUUAGCCCAGCAACAACCGCAGAAUAUUCAUGUGAAUCUCGGGCCAACCCAAGGACAGCAGAGCCAGCCGCAGCAGCAGAACCAACAACCGCAGGUUCAACAGCAGCAGAAUCAGCAGCAGAAUCAGCAGCAGCAGUAG